UCGGGGGAAAAGAAAACAUUAAAACAUCCCACUUUCUGUGCUCCCGCUGGCCUAGUGAGCCGGCACGGCCUCGACAUGCAGAACGACGCUGGCGAGUUCGUGGACCUGUAUGUGCUGCAGAAAUGCUCCGCGAGCAACUGCAUUAUUGGUGCCAAGGACCACGCAUCCAUCCAGAUGAACGUGGCCGAGGUUGACAGAAUCACAGGCCGGUUUAUUGGCCAGUUUAAAAUCUAUGCUAUCUGUGGGGCCAUUAGAAGGAUGGGUGAAUCGGAUGACUCUAUUCUCCGAUUGGCUAAGGCUGAUAGAAUUGUCUCAAAGAACUUUUGACCAGAAGAGAUCGGGGAAUAUUUGUCAUAAAUAAAAGUGAGAAAGUUUAAAAAAAAAAAAAAAUCCCAGGUGGCCUUUACAGUGUCCUAUUCUAUGGAUGGAGAAUAGCCUGGCUUAACUUGAACAGUGGGUGUUUUGGACCUUCCUUUUUUGUGUGCUAUCUUUAAAAUUGGUGUACACUAGUCAUUGUUUGUAUAUUUUGGGUUAAAUUGCCAAAGUUGUUGAAAGAUUGUGAUUCUCUGAGGAUGAUGUGUAUUACGCUCAGCCUCACAGCCUGCUGCAAGCACUGUAGAGGAACGCCAGGCAUCAUGAUGUCUUACCCACACUCCUGCCGGUGUCCAGAAGGGCAGCCGAUUUGAAGACUUGGCAUUCUAUGAUUCCUAGCAAGGCUUUACACACUUUCCAUGUCUAAUGAUGAUUUUAUUUUUCCAUGAAUUGUUUGUUGAUGGUCUUGUUCACUUUUUUCCAUAGUGAGGAUUUAUCUUUUAGCCACUGUUGUUAUGUAAGAAUCCUCUGUGUUAAGAAUAUUCUGCCAGAGGCUGAACAGAUGCCUCCACAGUUUAGAGCAUGUACUAUGCUUGCAGAGGACCCCAGUUCAGUUCCCAGGAUUCACUCAGGUGACGCACAACCACCUGUAACUCUAGCUCCAGGGCCCCUGUGGCCUCCGCACUCUUGUAAACAUAUCUGCACACAAAUACACAUGUAUAUGCAUAAUUAAAAAUAAAAAUAAAUUGGGGCUGGAGAGAUGGCUCAGUGGUUAAGAACACUGGCUGGUUUUCCAGAGGACCCAGGUUUAAUUCCCAGCACCCACAUGGAAGCCCACAACUGUCUGUGACUCCAAUUCCAGGGGAUCUGACGUCCUCACACAGACCAAUGUGCAGGCAGAACACCAAUGCACAUAAAAUAAAUAAAUAAAUAUUUUUAAAAAUAAAUAAAAAUUAAAUCAUUCUUUAAAAGAACUCCUCUGCCAGACAGUUUACUUCUGUAAGGCCACAGAAGCUGUUCUGCCAGGCAUCACUUCCCCACCUGCUGACUUGACAGUGUCUCCUCUCUGGAAAAACAUGCUCUCCUGGACACAGGUGCUGCUGGCUCCUGCCAUCCUGCUCCCCACCAAAGACUGCUGUGUUUCCUUCUAGACUAUGCAUCUCAGACCAUGUUUGAAUGUAAAACUAACAAAACAACAGCAUGGAAAAUAGUUGUUUUAUGAAGUUAGGAUGAGAUUUCAAGAAGACUCCUAAAGGCCAGAACUGAAAAAAUGCUACGGAAUUAGGGGAAGAAAACUUGCAGUGACCACAUCAGACCAUGUGCCUUAGGAAGAUUCUGCAGCAGACCUCGGCCCUGGUCUCCAGGUGGGACUUAGAGGAGAUGAUUUUAGGCUCUAGUUGUAGCACUCAACUCCCAAGGACAGUGCUUGGUUGGGAAAAGGGUCACAUGUUGAUAAAAAGUGGUUCUGGGGCUGGACAGAUGGCUCGGGGAGUCAAGAGCACUUGCUGUGAAAGCAAGAGGACCUGAGUUCAAGUCUCCAUCACCCAUGGGAAGGCCAGGCAUGGCCGCACGUGCCCAGAACCCCAGCGUUGGGGUGGAGGUGAAUGGGUCCUGGGAGCUCCCUGGCCAGGCAGCCUAGACACAGUAAUGAACUUUCAGGCUUAGUGAGAGCCCUGUGUCAAAAACUAUGAUGGAGAGCGAUAGAGGAAGACACCCAACAUGCAUCUCUGGCACAGGCCUGUACCCAAAUAGACAUGCGAAUAUACGACACACACAGUUUCAUGCCUUUAACUUUCAUAUUACUUUUCAUGUUACGCCACUAAAAUGUACAGUUUGCAU